AUGUCAACGCAGCCCAAACCUACAACACAUUUGCCGUUGCUAUUGAACCCGUUUUUGAACGCUAUCUUCAAUAAUCCACAGCAUGGAAAACCCCCAUUCAAACAGACUAUACAAGAGUUAGCAGAUAAUCACAACGACUACACUAUUUUGGUUCCUCCUGCCAAUGUGCUUCAUGAAUAUUUAGAUCCACAAUCGGAGCAUUCAUCUACAAAGAUACUGUUACACGAACAGUGUUACCAUAAUGAAGACUUUAUCAGGUCACAUAUAAUCAAAACCAGCACGAACUAUUCCUCUACCAUUGCUCCUAUCACCAGACUGAAUCUGAUUAUUUAUAGUACUAUCAACGGUAAACAAAUUUUGGUGAAAAAUGGAAUGAUAUUCACUGGUAAGGGUUUCAAAAAAAGCCUCAAGCUCAGAGUAUUGAAUAUCAAUUAUUUCCCUUCUUUCUGUGACUAUUUUCCAAAAGGUAGUCAGUUCAUGCUUGUAUAUGUUGAAGAUACUCUUUUCGGUAGCUUCAGACCUUUAUCAAGAUUCAUUUAUUCCUUAAAUAAAGAACUUCCGCCUAUCAAAAGUAAUCCUUCUCACAAUACGAACACUCAAAAUACUUCAUCUGUGACUUUCGAGGAGCUACUAAGAAACUUUCCCUUACUAUCGAAGGCAGUUUCAGAUAAGUUUUACCGAUUAUUCCAUCACAAUAAUCAUCAAUUCCGUAUAUUAAGAACGCACACUAGGAAAAAGUUGGGGUCAAUUAAAAUUGAAUUUCAAAAUAUGCUCGAUGAAGCUUUCAAAAUUGUUCUGGAUAGUGUUAAAGCUGAUUCUGUCGAAGGUGAACAAACUUAUAAUUUGAUAAAUCACAUCUUAAGCAUAUAUCCUGGAUUGGAUUUAAAUCGCAUAGUUCACGAAUACGUUGAACUUAACUUGUACGACAAAUUAUGGUCACAAUUGGUUUUUCAAUUUAACUAUCCUAAUGAUGAUAAACUUGUGCACGAUAAAGAGGCUAUUUAUACUCUUACGACCGACAAAUACAAAGACUUGUCAUGCUUGUCUUUGAAUCAGUUGGAUCUACCUAUUGAAAAGCCAUGGCAAAUCAAUGAACUUUACAAAAGAGUAUGUUCUGCUAUCGGAGAAUUUUCUAAGCUUUCUGAUGCAGCCAUAGUAAAUCUGAAUACUAAAGCGAAGAUAAUAAUAAACUCUGUCAAUUACCUCACAAAAAGCGAUCAAAGGUUCAACAAAGAAGAAAAGCUUAAUCUGAGUGAAGAUUUGUUAAUUGAUGCAGACACCUUGAUCGGAUUGUUAAUUAUGGUUGUUGUCCAUUCAAAAGUGCCAUACUUGGAAGCCCAUCUCUAUUACAUUAAAAACUUCAAUUCCAUAAAUUUUGAAAAUGAAGGCUAUUUUAACUAUAUUUUAAGUAAUAUAGAUGCCGUUAUAUUUCAUUUGUCUGAUGCUGACCUGACUUGGAAUGAUCUAAUGGGUGCUUCACAAAGUAAUUUUGAGUUUUGGGCUUUGAUACAAAAGGGUGAUAAUGACAAAUUAUUAGAGAUUCUUAAGAAAGUUAAUGACCAAUAUGAAAACUCAGACUUGCCCAAUAACCAUUUUUUGAAAAGCAGAAACAUUGAUGGGGAAAGCUGUCUCAUGCUUGCUGUUAAGACGGGAAAUAUUGAGGCUUUCGAUUUAUUGAUGAAUUUCAAUACGAGCUGGUUCUCGAUAGAUGACAUACUAUUCGAUAAAAAUACAACAACGGAACAAACAUUACUUAUUGUUUCACUUGUGGAAGAACGUCAUGACAUUGUCUCUGAAUUAGUAGAUUUGAUCAUAGAGAACACAUCUUAUGAGGAGCAAUAUAUUUAUUUCAACAUUACUGAUAGCUAUGGUAGAACUGCUGGCCAUUACCUUUUCCACGACUACAAAUUGAUAGAUAGAAUUGGACAUCUUAUAGAUUGGGAAUGGAAAGAUUUAAAUGGACAUACUCCAUUAUUUAGCGCAUGUCGAUGCUAUGAUCAUUCCGAGUAUUCUUCAUUAAUUGAAAAAGCAUUUGAUUGUGUCUAUUCAAAGAAUAAAUCAAGUGAAUUAAUAGACUUUGAUAUUCAUAAGGAUAAAGGUGGAAGUACCUUACUACAUGUAAUCCUGAGAGAUUUACCCAAUACGAAAUUAUUGAGUGAAUCAAGAAAUUUGAUUAAUGUUAAUGAACCUAAUAUUAAACAGUUGACACCUUUAGUCUUUUAUGUCAAAUACAAUCGUUUAGAAAACUUGAAUAAUCUAUUAAAUGAUGAUAGGUUGAUUUUCAAAUUCGAAGACUCCAUCAAUCACUAUAAUGUUUUCGAUCAUUUGGGAUUUCUGUCAAGUAAAAGCUUAUCGACCAACGGAACAUUCAGAAAGAUUGAAGAACUUAUUCAAGAAUAUUUUUUCAUAAAUUACUAUAAAAAUGGGACCAGUGGUAGAAUAGCCGCCACGAAUGCUAAAUAUGAUCCUGCUCUGAAAGACUGGAUUAUUUUUUUCAUAUAUGAAAGUAUUAGGAGUCCAAAGGACAUUGCACUGGUGCAAUCUUUAUCAACUUUAAGGAAGAAGACACAAAUUUUCAAGUACGAGAAUCCAAUGUCCUCGUUUGAUAAUGAAUGGUUUUGGCUGAAUUUCCCUCAGGAUAAGGCUGUGAUUCCUUUUUUCUCUAAAUUUAAAAUCAACAGGACAAUCGAUCAUCUUAACAUGCUUUUUAUCAAUAUGAAUUGUUGUAAAUCUCAGUCUUGGAACAAUUUUUCCGAUAAUUUACUUGCUAAAAAGGAAUGUCUGACUUUUGAAACUAUGCAAAACAUAAAUAAGAAGAAUGAGAUGAAUCGCUCGAAAUUUGGAGAGGUAAAACUAACUCGGGCCAACAUUACUGAAAUUGAAGUAUUUUUGAAUUUUUCCUUAGAGGAUUUGAAGGUUUUCCAAACUCUCAUUUCAAGAUUGAACAAGUUGUUUUCUGUUCAUGGAAUUAAGGCAUCUGACUAUAGAAUCGUUGUGGAUAAAAUGCUAAGUCAAAUGAUGGCAUCGGUGAUUUUUCCACCGAGAUUAUUCUCUUCUCAUAGGCUUGAUUUACAGAAUGAGUAUAGAACUGAAGAUUCUGGCUAUAACACCUUGGUUGCAUAUACUAUGUGGUUAGAAAUAUCGGUUACAGAACUAAUGAAGAAUGUGAAAAGUGUAAUAGAAAAGAUCAAGUAUUGGAAGGACAUAUAUGAGAAUAUAAGAGGAUUGAAUAAUGAGCUUUUGAAAUACGAGAAGAAGGUUCAAAAAGUCCAUGAAGCACACGAACAGAAUACCUCGCCAUCAAACGAUAAUGCAUCUCCUACAGUUACUAGCACCGCUUCUCGUCGUAGUAGUGGAACAUUGGACAUGAAUCCAAUAUCUCCCUCCGACUCCGAGGAAGAUGACGAUGACGAAUUUUCCAAUGUCUUUUCUUCCAUUCUUACAUUCGGAAACAUGAUUGAAAAUAAGAAAUCAAGAUAUAAAAAACUUCUUAUGUUAAAAUCAGACGAGAUCAAAAAGAUUAUGAAAUUAAAUAUUGACUUCAAAAUCGAACACGAAUCCCUUGCCGCUGAAAUUUCCCAAUUUGUGAAGUUCAGAUCCGACUUCUUAACUUUGGGAAUAAAAAGAUUCACCAAGGAUACCUUGGUUAUCUUGAAAAAUCGUCAUUAUGAAUUAUGUAAAUUAUCAAAGACUGUAAAGUCUUAUCAUAGUUAA